UUCAUCACGCCACUUCGCCGCCGGCGUUUUAAUCUCCUGCUAAAAACAGUAUAAAUACGGAUUCAGAGUCUCUGUUCAGACACAACACAUCUUUUUGUGCAAUUUUAUUCUUCGGUGAGUACUCACAACUUUUAUAAUAUAUUUUACGAGAACGAAAACAAUUUAUUUUCUAUUCGGUCAAUUUUAUUAUUAUAUUUUUUUAUUCCUGUUUGUAGUCUUCACUUCGUUUCACGAAAACAAAACCAAAUAUCAAAAAUGGGCGCUGAAAAGGUAUCCAUGAACAUCGUUGUCGUCGGACAAGUCCAAUCUGCCAAGGCCAUCAAAACCGUCGCAAAGGCCGCCCCAGCCACCAGCCAACUUAUGGUGAGUGUAAUAACUGUUUAAUAGUACUUAUUAAUUAUUCCUCAAAUACAUACAAUUUUCUACUAAGCGAUAAUAAUUUUAAAAUCGAUAUUUUUCUCGACGAAUAUUUAAAAAAAAAAUUAAACUUUUUUCUAACGCUUAUAAUGAUUCUUUUUUUCCACUAGAAAUGCAUAUUAGUAUAGAUAUGAUUUUUUUUAUUUUAUAACACAAUGUUAAAACGCGAUGCUAUUAUAAUGUAUCGGUACUUAUAAAAAAAAAAAAAAACGAUAGCCAAAUCAUUUUCUCAUACUACACGAUACCUGAAUAUCCAAAUGUGUUGGUUUUCAAAUUUUCAGUAUAAUACAUUUUUCAGAACGAGGAUAAUUUAUCAUAUUUUAUAUAUUUUAAAUAAAAUUAUUUACACAUUUUUGGCUACACUAAAUACUAAAAUAUUUUAUAUUACUUAUAAUUAUUUAUUUUGUUUUUUUUCAGUCCUGUUAAUCUCAUGUAGUCCAUACAUUGCAAACUCAAAAAUGCCAUAGUCCAAACAAUGCGUAUUAUGUGUGUAAUUAUUAAUUAAUAAUAUGUGUAAUAUGUAUUGACACCUCAAAAUAAACCAGUCUAAUCCGUUACAUCACGUUUUUUAUUUUUUUAUUUGUUCAUAUUUGUAUAAUACCUAUUUGAUUAAAGGUUCUGGUAAAUUAACAUAUACGAAUAAAAGUUG